AUUUUCGUGUAAUAAAAUCGUGAAUCGUGAAUUCGUAAUAAUUUUUACGUUUUUCUCUUAGUUACAAAUUGCUGAGUUUUCUUUCCAACAUGGCCUGAUUUUCGUCUUUUCAAGGAUGAGCCCCUAGGGGACUAUGUAUCCUAGUAUAAAGUUGGUGCGAAUAUUUCAUCAUAAUAUUGUCCAAUUUGUGUAGCUUCCAAACCAAAUCCCACGCAGAAUGGCAUCAAUAUUCUUUAGUGACCUUAGUGGUGUUGAAAGCGAGGCAGGCUUGUCAAUGCAAUCACUUCUUGACACUCAGAGCUCUACUGAUCAUCUGGGGAGUGGUUCAGAUUCUGUUACUGACCCCUGUCAUGCAAAUAAUAUCGUUUGUACAGAUUUAUCAUUGGAUGAAUGCGAUGUCUUCCAGUGUGGAAAGUGUCAAAAACUUUUCACCUCAUUUGCUCAGUUCAUCAACCAUAAGAAGCUCCAUGGAUCUGGCGGGGUAGGAGGAAAUGAUAAAACCAGUCUGGCAGAAUCGGUGAUCCUAAGUGACACUGACAUCCUGUCUUUUUCCAUCGACCAAAAUGAUUUAAAUUCUCAUGUAUUAACAGCGGUUCCGGCUCAUUCCCUCUUCCCCUCCAGUGACUCAGAAAUCACAAGCCUUCAGAUGAAUCCAGCUGAGAAUUCCUUGACAGAAAACAUUUUUGCUACCCAGAUGGAGAGUGAUAAAGGAGAAGUGCUUUUCAACGAGCCGUCUACCACAAAUCAAAUUUUUGUUACAUCUGAAGAUAGCAACUUCCUAUCCAGUUCUCCGCUACUAUCUGCGAUCCAAACAAAUGCCUUAGGCGAAAGAACGGUGGCUGUUUCAAUCGUUGAAGUCAUACAAGAAGGUGAUAAUUCUACACUAAAUUCCAUUCCGGGAAUGGAAACUAGUGCAGACACAAGUAGCUUGGAGGGGAAAAAGCAGCUUUGUCCUUUCUGUAGCAAGCCCUUCCUCUCAAAAGUUGACCUAGACUUUCACGUACAGUCUCACACCGGUCCACGCCCGUACCUAUGCAUUGUUUGCACAAGGACCUUCACGCAGAAAGCAACUCUCCGCAAACAUAUGAAAUCGCACAAAGUCUGGCCAAAGGACUUAUCUGGAGCUGCUGAAGCGAAUCGAUGCCAGUUUUGUGCGGAGGCAUUUGCCAGUCCCUCUGAAUUGAAGUCGCACCGUUUGAAGCACUUGGACCAGAAAGUUUACUGCUGCAGCCAGAAAGACUGUGAAUGGACCUCACCUGAUCUGAACACGUUCCUCAAUCAUGUAACAUCACACGAGGUGUUCGGCUGUCAUGUCUGUAAACAGAGUUUCUCCUCAUUGGACAAUCUGAACGUCCAUCAAUACAUAGAACAUGAGCAAGGAAAACUAAGUCCCAAGCAACAGGUGGUUGUUGAAGUAGUACCUGAAAAAUCAGGAGCCGGCUCAGACUUAAAUAGUGCCAAAAGUGAGGUCUGUGAAAAAAAACAGUUAAAAUGCCCCUACUGCAACAAAGUGUUAAAUAAAAACUUUGAUCUGGAGCAACACAUUCGAUCACACACCGGUGAACGGCCUUUCCAAUGUAUUGUUUGCGGGCGUGCCUUCGUACAAAAGUCGCACGUCAAGAAACACAUGGCAUCGCACAAAGUCUGGCCGAUGCCAAUCACAACUCUAGUCAAAAGUGAAGUUCUCACCGAUUCCCGCAAACCAAAUGCCAUGAGCCAGUCUUACGGAUGCCAAUUCUGUUCUGAGGUGUUUCUAACUUUUCGAGAACUUAAAGUCCACAGAGUUUCACAUGCAGAUCGCAAAGUCUACAAGUGCAUUCAAAAUGUGUGCGAGUGGACUUCACCUGAUCUUGAUGCGUUUCUGGAGCACUUGUCAUUCCACGAUGAAGAUGCUAAGUACAACUGCCACAUUUGUCACAAAGUGUUCACGUCUCUGGACGACUUUGGUAUUCACCAGUAUUACCAUGAGAUAUCGCCAGGACAAGCUCCAGGUAAGAAUUUCAGGUGCAAAAAAUGCAAACGGAAGUUCAUGUCUUCAGAGCUUCUGAAACAGCACAUGCAACGAGAUACACACCGACAUUUGUGUCAGUUUUGCAACCGCGUGUUUGUUGCGGAACGGUUUCUACGGAAGCAUUUACUCAUCCACGCGGAAGAUUUCCAGUACGAGUGUGAAACAUGCAAGAAAAAAUUCAAGACGCCACAGUACCUGGAUAGGCACAUGAGCGUCCACUCUUCUAGCAUGCCAUACCCUUGCCCACGGUGCCCGAUGAAAUUCAAACGCAAAGACCGGCUGAGCCGGCACUUGCUUCUCCAUGAAGGGGUGAAGAAAUACAAAUGCUCUUUUCGAGGUUUGCUCGGCUGUGAUAAAGAGUUCUACCGAAAGGAUAAACUCAAAGACCACAUUCUUACACACUAUAAGAGUGACCGCACUGUCUGUGAUAUUUGUGAUAAAGAUUUUAAACGCUUUUCGGCCCUGAUGAAACAUCGGCAAAUUUGCGCUGCGAACCGAGAGAAUAACGGAGAUGAGGAGUCUGAAGGCCCACCACCUGCCAAGUCUUCAAAGCCCAAGCAGCAUAAGGACUCCUUUUCCAAAGCAAAAUGUUUUGACGAGACUGAAGUAUCUCCGGAUAAUGAUAACGUUCCUACAAUCGAAAUCGUUGUGAUGCCUGUCAACAAGAGCACUCGUAUGAGCCGUAAUUUAGCAUCUAUUCAGCUGAGCGCUCUGAAUAGUGAGCAGCUAAGUAAGAUUUUUGUCACAGAAGCAUCAAGCGCUGGUAACUCUGAAUCCACUGACAGUGGUUCUUCAUGAAGACCAUCUAGUGGCAGUAUAAUUAUACUAUUCUCUCAUCAGAGCUUACAAUUGUAGAUUCUAGUUAGCUAUGCAUCUAAGCAUCGUUCAAACUUUAUACUUUUGAGACCUAAAAAUUAUUUUGAAACUUUUUUGUAUCGCUCUGCAGUUAUUUUUAUAAAAUUAAGAGGUAUCUUUCAGUGCAAACCUAUCAACAUGGAGUUAACUAGUAUGAAAUGACUAUUUAGUGUAUUAACCAAUUCUUAUAGCAUUGUUGUAUUUAUUUGUUUCUUUAUUUAUAAUUUACACCCCUACCCACUCUACAAUAUAUUUGUUUGAGUUCAAUUUUUGAUAAUACACUUUAUUUUGACGCAAUACAGGAUAAGGUUUCGAUUAUUUUAGGUUUUAUUGCUUAUGUUUGAGGUUUAGACUCACUCUUCUUUGUGUCUUUUUGUUAAUUGUGUUUUUUUGUAUUUUGAGAAAAUGGUAGAGGAUUCCUGCGCCUGGUUUUUGUGUUUUCUAUCCCUGAAUUCUUACUUCUGAAUUCGUACUUUUCCAAUUUAAUUGAAAGUAAUGUUUAUUUGGAGCCAGCAUACGGCUAAAAUCGAUUUUUUUUACAUGAUACUUGAGAUUUUUACUUGAAUUGUGCGCAUAAAAGUGAAAGUUUAAACUUCAAAAUUAUUGUUCACGCACCUUUUCUCCUUUUAUUUUUACUAUUAGAAGGUUCUUUAGCAAAUGGAUAUGGAUAAAUGAAUAGCAAUGAACUUGAUAAAAAUACAUUUCUAACUUGAACCAAUAGUCCUCAAUCAGAGAAAGCAGGCAGCAACAGUGCUUUUAAGACUUAGACUAACAAUUAUACAUCAUUUCCGCUUAGUGUCAGCUUGUUAAAAUCAACAUGGUCUUGCUUAUUCUGUAAAAAGGAGAAGUGAAUCAAGUGGUUUUAAUUCAAAUAAAAUGUAAACUUUAUGAUUACUAGUUGGCGACAGAAGUGAAAAAGCACAUAACUGUUAUAUUCUUUAAUUUUUCAUCAAAGUGAUUUAAUUUAUUUUCAAACAAAUGUACAUCAUGUUCCACAGAUCUUUAAUUGAGUACAAAUUCUCAAAAUAUUUGAAUUUGUACCUAUUUCAAGAUCAAUAAAUUUGUUGAUUGUUAUCCUGUU